AUGAAGAACGAAGUUGUUGAGUCACUGGUCGAAUCACGACAGAACAUGCAUACAAAACUACAGAAGCGGUUGAAGAAGGCUCAAGACUCCAUGAAGAAACAUACUGAUGCAAGGCGUGACGAUGUUACCUUCGCUGUAAACCAAUGGGUCUAUGUGAAGCUUCGACCAACUCACCAGCGAUCAGAUACAGGGACACAUCACCCAAAACUAUCAAAACGAUACAUCGGGCCCUUUAAGAUCCUCGCUAAAGUGGGUGAAGUCGCAUAUCGGCUUGAUCUUCCAACUGAGGCCCGUAUCCAUCCUGUCUUUCAUUUCUCGCUACUGCGCCUUCAUCACGGACCCCCACCUUCAUCGACUGAGCUGUGGACCUUAGAGAUCGUUGGUCAGAAACCCAUGCAACGCCCUCUUUGCAUUUUGGAUAGUAAGCUUGAUACAUCCACUUCUCCUCCAACCCAGCUAGUUCUAACCCAAUGGGUUGGCCAACCUCCCGAAGACACUUCCUGGGAACCCUGGCUCGAGCUACGUGACACCUACCACCUUGAGGACAAGGUGGUUUCCAAGGACAGAGGUAUUGCUAGCAUUCAGGCCUCUAUUGAUGCUAACGAAGAAGCUCACAGUGCCACCAUGACAGAUGAUGCUCCCGCAAGACCAGCACGUGCCGUAACUAGACCUGGAUACUUAAGAGAUUACGUUAGCUAG